GUUUUAUAUAUUUAGCUUAGGUGAGUAUGCCUUUUUCCAGAAGUAACCCCAUGCAUAAAGAGAAAGCAGACCAACCAAUUUAACUCAACAUCACUUCCUCAGCUCCCUCUUGUUCAAUUCUCUGCAAGAAAAUAAUUUUUUUUUUUACAAAAUGCCCCUUAAUCGCAGCAGCGGAGAAGAGUCCAUGAGGAUCGCCUUCCUGAAGAAAGAAUUUGAAGCUUCUUUGCUAAGGAUCCAUUCCCUGGAGAAUGAAAAUCAAGAACUGAAACAAGAAGUAGCUCGUCUGAAAGCACAAGUACAUACGCUCAAAGCACAUGAUAGUGAGAGGAAAUCUGUGCUCUGGAAGAAGUUACAGAACUCGUUGGAUGUUAAAGUUCCUGAGAAAUCUCAACAGAAACCGAGUUUUUCAGUUGAAGUACCAGAGAGAAGUCAAGUAUUUCAGAAGUUCAGUCCAAAAGAUGAUCUCGCAGAUGCUGCAGUAAAGAAGGAAAUACCAGCAAUAAGAGUAGCAAUACCACCGCCUCCACGGCCUGUUACCUCUUCACUAAAACAAUUACAUGGGAAUAUAGGGCAAUUAUCUCCACCACCGCCUCCUCCACCCCCCUCAAAAGCGUUGGUUGGAUCAAAAGCAGUGCGGCGUGUGCCAGAGGUGAUGGAGUUCUAUCGUUCGCUUAUGAGAAGAGAUUCUCAUGUUGAUAAUAAAAGCAGUCCUAUAGGGUUUUUGCAGGUAGUGAACUCAAGGAACAUGAUUGGAGAGAUUGAGAACAAAUCAACUUAUCUUUCAGCUAUAAAAUCUGAUGUGGAAAUGCAAGGGGGCCUUAUUAAUAACUUAACAGGCGAGGUUGAGACUGCAUCAUUCAAUAAGAUCUCAGAUGUGGAAGCAUUUGUAAAGUGGCUGGAUGAAGAACUUUCGUGUUUGGUCGAUGAAAGGGCUGUCCUGAAACACUUUCCACAGUGGCCAGAGAAAAAAGCUGAUGCAUUGCGGGAAGCUGCAUUCAGCUACGGAGACCUGAAGAACCUUCACACUGAAGUUUUAUCAUUUAAGAGUAAUCCGAAACAGCCACUGACACAAUCUUUGAAGAAAAUACAAGCGCUACAAGACAGAUUGGAACAAAGUGUAAGCAACAUUGAAAAAUGUAGAGAAGGAACAAGCAAAAGAUACAGGGAGUUCCAUAUUCCAUGGGAAUGGAUGCUAGACUCUGGAUUAAUUGGCCAGAUGAAGUUAAGCUCCCUUGUGUUAGCAAAGGAAUAUAUGAAAAGAGUAGCCAGACAACUGCAGAGCAGCGAGCCCUCUUCACAAGACGGGGAUUUCUUGAUACAAGGCGUUAGAUUUGCCUUUCGGGUGCACCAGGUGGUUUCAAUACCGAUACUUUGAAAGCUUUUGAAGAACUGAAGAAGAUAGGAAUAAGUCAUCAAAAAAGUUAGCAACAAAUUAAAUUAAUGCCGUGACAACCAGCACACUAGGGAUGCAGCUUGUAUGUACAUGAAUCUGGCACAAUUUUAGAUGAGUGUCAUCUGUUAAUACUUAGUAGAAGCUUAAGUUCGCAUUAAGGCACUCCUGAAUAAUGCAAGCAAAGGGAAGAGCUGCUUUGCUAAUAUCAGGACCUCCCUAUGCGAGAACCUUGCUAUGUCCCUGCAAGCUAAGGCAUAUAUAUCAGUGGUGAGCUUGAUUAAUGAGAUUUCACAAGUACCAUUUCUUUGCUGACUUGUAAAAGAAACCUGCGAAAAUACUAUAAACAAGUUGAUACCAAAAGCCAAUGGACACAGCAACUGACUUGUGUCAAAUAAACUAGACCCGAAAUUCAUUAAAUUUUAAUGUUAUAAUUGUAAUAUUUUGAGGAUAAUAAAUAUAUUAAUUAAUGAU